AUGGAAAAUACGCGUAAAGAACUUCUCAGAUCGAUUAAGGAAAAUUUACGAGGCCUUACUUACAAACCUUCAGAGGACGACAUAGAUACAGAAAAAGAUGACACAACAGACCAAGAUGGGAAACCCAAGGAUCCGAAUAAGACUGGAGCAAAACCUAAACUACCUCCUACACGACCAAUCCACAACAAGAAUGAUCCAAAGGGGAAAGACAAACAGCCAAGCUACGAAGAGUUGCAACAAUAUAUUGUGGAACUCAAGAACACAUUGCAGCGAUUGGGAAAUCUGAGAACCAAGGACGACCAAAAGAACACGAGGGAAGAUCAUGGGAGGACAGAACAAAUGGAGCCAGCCAACAGGCGAUCAGGUAAAUACAAGUCACAAGACACAGAUUCCGACAGCAGUGAGCCGGAUAGAGGAAGACUUAGCGGCAAAAGACAAGGAAGAAGUAGCAAAAACGAUAAGGGACCUAGAUCGUACUCAGACGAAUCGGACCGUGAGAUCGACGAUCGGCAGCGUGACAGGAAUCGUAACAGAAGGCUGGCCAACGAUCGACGAAGCAACGAGGGUAGGAGUCCCAGUAACGAUAGAACCAGUGGAUCGGACAGAUAUCGUGGAAGAAACAGCAGAGAUUUUCGACAGGUACGGAGGAUUGAGCACUGGAAGCUCUCCUUUUCCGGAGACAACAGAACUGUAUCGGUUGAAAAUUUUCUGUAUAAACUGAAGAAGAUAGCGGAACGUGAACAAGUUUCAGAGCGGAAUCUAUUAAGAGAUAUUCAUCUCAUCUUGGAAGGACAAGCCUCGGACUGGUUCUUCACAUACGUUGAUGAGUUCGAGGAUUGGGACGACUUUGAAGAGAGGAUACGUUUUCGGUUUGGGAAUCCAAAUCAGGAUCAAGGGAUCCGGCAAAGGAUUCAUGAACGGAAGCAACACAGAGGCGAAUCUUUCAACGCUUUCGUGUCGGAGAUAGAGCGACUGAACAAGAUGCUUUCCAAACCACUUUCGAGGCGGCGGAAGUUCGAGGUUGUUUGGGACAACAUGCGCCCACACUACCGUUCAAAAAUCUCCAUCGUUCGAGUUCGAGACUUGGACCACUUGAUCAGUUUAAACCAUAGAAUCGACGCGGCAGACUCCAGUUUCCAACAACAGCUUGAUUCCAAAAACACGGAGUCACGGAAUCAACGGAACAUAUAUAAAAUCGAAUGUGCGUCAUCGGAAUAUGAAAGCGAGGAGCCUGAAGCAGUGGACGCGAUAGAGGCUAGGCCUAACCGCAGAGAUCAAAGACCAAGCCCAAGAAAUCAACCAGCAAUGUCGAGGACAGCACCAGCAAAUCAACAGCAGACGACACAGGCAUCACUAAACGUAUGCUGGAAUUGCAGAAAAGCUGGCCACAAUUGGCGAGACUGCAAGGAACCCAGAGCGAUCUUCUGCUACGGAUGCGGCGAACUAGGUCGAACAAUCCGUUCAUGUCAGCGGUGCACGGGAUCAAGUCGCAGAAGGAGUGAUCAGAACCAGGGAAACCAGUAA